AUGGCGACAACAGCUUCUGCAGGUCCCUCCGCGGGGGCCAACUCUAACACUGCCUUCAAGGACAAGGAGAAGCCUGUCGCCGUACGAUCAUCCAACAUUGUCGCCGCCAGAGCUGUCGCCGAUGCGAUCAGGACCUCGCUGGGUCCUCGCGGUAUGGACAAGAUGAUCCGAAGCGGAAGGGGCGAGACCAUCAUCACGAACGACGGCAACACCAUGCUCAAGAGCAUGUCGGUCAUGCAUCCCACGGCUAAGAUGCUGGUCAACCUCUCUGCUGCCCAGGAUGUUGAGGCUGGUGACGGAACGACAUCAGUGGUUGUCAUCUGUGGCAGCUUGCUGGGUGCCGCUGACAGGCUUCUGUCCAAGGGCAUCCACCCCUCAGUCAUCUCAGAGUCGUUCCAGCGGGCGGCAGCUGCGGCCGUCGAGGUGCUUCACGACAUGUCCCAGCCCAUCUCCCUCACCGACACAUCCGCCCUGCUGCAGGCCGCGAACACGUCUCUAUCCUCCAAGAUUGUGUCGCAAUACACGAAUCUCCUCGGUCCCAUGGCCGUCAACUCGGUCAUUAAGACUAUCGACCUCAAGACGGCGGACAACGUGGAUUUGAGGAACAUCAGGAUAAUCAAGAAGGUCGGAGGCACAAUUGAAGACAGCGAGCUUGUCGAUGGACUGGUCUUGACACAACCGGUCAUGAAGGGUGCUGGCGGCCCGGCGCGAAUUGAGAAGGCCAGGAUCGGCCUCAUUCAGUUCCAACUGAGCCCGCCCAAGCCUGACAUGGAGAACACAAUCUCUGUUAACGACUACCGUCAAAUGGACAAGAUUGUCAAGGAAGAACGUGUCUACCUCCUCAACAUGGUCAAGAAGAUCAAGAAGGCCAAGUGCAACGUUCUCUUCAUCCAGAAGUCCAUUCUCCGCGAUGCUCUUAACGACCUGUCCCUGCACUUCCUCGCCAAGCUCGGCAUCAUGGCUAUCAAGGAUAUUGAGCGCGACGAGGUUGAGUUCAUCUGCAAGUCGACCGGCUGCAAGCCCAUUGCCGACAUUGACUCCUUCACCGAGGACAAGCUUGGAUCGGCCGAUCUCGUUGAGGAGGUGCAGUCGAACGGAGCCCGCAUGGUGAAGGUCUCUGGCGCCAAGGCGACCGGCAAGACCGUGUCCGUUGUCGUGCGUGGCGCCAACUCCCUCAUCCUUGAUGAGGCUGAGCGCAGUCUGCACGAUGCUCACUGCGUUGUCCGCUGCCUGGUCAAGAAGAAGGCCCUCAUUGCCGGUGGUGGUGCCCCUGAGAUUGAGAUCGCUGCGCAGCUUUCCAAGCGCUCUCGCGAGCUGACCGGCACAGAAGCCAUCUGCUGGAAGGCCUUUGCCGACGCCAUGGAGGUCAUCCCCACGACGCUGGCCGAGAACGCCGGUCUUAACAGCAUCAAGGUUGUCACUGACCUGCGUCACCGCCAUGAGCUUGGCGAGAGGAACGCGGGUGUGAGCAUCAAGUCGGGCGGUGUCAACUCUAACAUCUCGAAGGAGAACGUGCUGCAGCCGCUGCUCGUUUGCACGAGCGCUAUCGAGCUCGCGGCAGAGACGGUGAAGCUGAUCCUGAGAAUUGAUGACAUUGCCCUGACCAGGUAGACGGAGGAAGGAGGAACUGAGAUAUCCACGUCAAGAUGAGUGUUUGACAUGACCGGAACCUUUCAGAGUAGGGGAUCCAAGAAAAUAGACACGCUCACGGCGCAAGCACAUACUCGUCCUU